AUCCACCUCCUGAAAUUUAACGUUUCACGAUGAAGUUUUUACCGGCGAUUGCCUUUUUUAUUUUAAUUUCCUUGUGGGUUGAAGAAGCCUAUUCUAAAGAGAAGUCUUCAAAGAAGGGGAAAGGGAAAAAGAAGCAGUAUCUAUGCCCAUCCCAGCAGUCACCAGAGGACCUUGCCCGAGUCCCUGCCAACUCCACUAGCAAUAUCUUGAAUAGGCUACUGGUCAGUUAUGAUCCCAGGAUAAGACCAAAUUUCAAAGGCAUUCCUGUUGAUGUAGUAGUAAACAUUUUUAUCAACAGUUUUGGAUCCAUUCAAGAGACAACAAUGGACUACAGAGUUAAUAUCUUCCUGAGACAAAAAUGGAACGAUCCCAGGCUGAAGCUCCCAAGCGAUUUUCGGGGCUCAGAUGCCCUGACAGUGGAUCCCACAAUGUACAAGUGUCUGUGGAAACCUGAUUUGUUUUUUGCAAAUGAAAAAAGUGCCAAUUUUCAUGAUGUAACCCAGGAGAAUAUCCUCCUCUUUAUUUUUCGGGAUGGAGAUGUCCUUGUCAGCAUGAGGUUAUCUAUUACUCUUUCAUGCCCAUUGGACUUGACCUUGUUUCCCAUGGAUACACAACGCUGCAAAAUGCAACUUGAGAGCUUUGGUUACACAACUGAUGAUUUACGAUUUAUCUGGCAGUCAGGGGAUCCUGUUCAGUUAGAAAAAAUUGCCUUGCCUCAAUUUGAUAUAAAAAAGGAGGAUAUUGAAUAUGGUAACUGUACAAAAUACUAUAAAGGCACUGGGUACUACACCUGUGUGGAAGUCAUCUUCACCCUGCGGAGACAGGUUGGGUUUUACAUGAUGGGCGUCUACGCCCCGACCCUGCUGAUCGUGGUUCUCUCCUGGCUUUCCUUCUGGAUCAACCCGGACGCCAGUGCUGCCAGAGUGCCGCUGGGUAUCUUUUCAGUACUCAGCUUGGCCUCUGAGUGCACAACCCUUGCUGCUGAACUUCCCAAAGUCUCCUACGUGAAGGCUCUUGAUGUAUGGCUCAUUGCUUGUCUUCUCUUUGGGUUUGCCUCCCUUGUGGAGUAUGCUGUUGUCCAGGUGAUGCUAAAUAACCCCAAACGAGUUGAAGCAGAAAAGGCCAGAAUUGCUAAGGCUGAGCAAGCAGAUGGAAAAGGUGGAAAUGCGGCUAAAAAGAAUACUGUGAAUGGUACAGGGACUCCGGUUCACAUUAGCACUUUGCAGGUUGGUGAGAACAGAUGCAAAAAAGUUUGUACUUCAAAGUCUGACCUGAGAUCUAAUGACUUCAGCAUUGUGGGGAGCUUGCCAAGAGAUUUUGAAUUAUCCAACUAUGACUGCUAUGGGAAACCUAUCGAAGUCAACAAUGGACUUGGGAAAUCGCAGGCAAAGAGCAACAAGAAGCCUCCCCCCGCCAAACCCGUUAUUCCAACAGCAGCAAAGAGAAUCGACCUUUAUGCAAGAGCAUUGUUUCCGUUCUGCUUCUUGUUCUUCAAUGUUAUAUAUUGGUCUGUAUAUUUAUGAUACACUGUUUCCCAUUUCUAUAAAAAAAUCCCAUUUCAUUGUGACCAACCUCACUCCUCAAUGCCAAUCUGUGAAGAUAUAUUGCAUUUUGGAUGCCAUUUGAUUGUAAAAAAAAAAUGUGGCACCUAAAUUUUGAAUGGCAGCAUGGUCUUGUUACAUCUGUGCUCUAAAAAUGAUGUAUAUAUGUAUAGCAAACAUAUUGCUUUAGGAAUAAAUGAAGGGUAAGCAUACUACAUAAAAUAAAAUUCAAAUAAUUCUCUGCAGUUAGUGUAAAUUGCAAAUACUUCAGAUAAUUCUGAUAAAAUGACAUGCACGCUGAAUCCUGUUAUGAUCACCAUUCUAAGAUAUGUAGUAUUUCAAAUUUCCUUCCUUGUAACUUUCAGAGAAAGCCAUCUUAUUCUUGUAUAAUUUUUGAUGGUUUUAUCACAGAUUAAGCAAAGUCAUAUUACAUAUUAUUUAAACUUUGUAAGUAGAGGUAUAUCAGCUAUAAUUAUGUGGGCUCUGUGGAGAAAUAAAGUUUAGAAAUUUACUAAUUUGUAAAAUCAGCUCAUUUUAAAGUGUGUCUGUGUUGUCAAAAGGCCAGAUAAUAAAACACAGUAAUCAUUUUUGAAGCAAAGGGAUAUCUGGAUUUAUGUAAAUAAACUGAAUUCUGGCUUCUGAUAAGAUAAAAAUAAAGGCUAGAUACAUUGACUAAGUAUUUCUGAUAAAAGAAAUUGUAUUUAACCCACAUUAAAACCUAAAUAUAUUUUCAUGGACUUCAUUUGCUGAUACAGAGUAUACACAAUACUUGUGCCUUAUAAAGAGUGACAUCUAUUUUAAAUUGGAAUAUAGCAAAGGAUAUGUGAUUUUACAUCACAUUUAAGAAACCAAGAGGAAAAUACCCUAUUAAUAGAAGUAACUUGAGUUGAGGUGGUGGGGAUAAGGGGAGCCCAUAAUCAUUUAAGACUUUUAACUUAUUUUAUUAAAAUGCUUACAUAUUUUUAAGUAAAAUU